AGUCAAUUGAGAUUGCUGCUUUAAAAAACUGAGUUCAGAACUGGGGACAUCAUAGUCACCGUCCGGAAAGUAAACAGACAGUCGGAAAUGGCGGAAGCAGGCGGCAGCGAUCCUCAGAAGCCGACAACGAUUACAGUGAAUGUUAAAUUCGCGGGAAGUUCGAUUCCAGUGGAUAUCUCCGCCGACUCUACGGUCAAAGAGCUCAAGUCUCUCCUUCAGCCGCUCACUAAUGUCCUCCCUCGCGGCCAAAAACUCAUCUCUAAAGGGAAAGUUCUUGUCGAUGAAAUGACACUUAGGUCCUCUGAAGUCAGCCAUGGCUCAAAGAUCAUGCUCAUGGCCUCCCAAGGUCUACACCAAGGGGACGGGCCAAUCAGAAAGGAAACUUCCUCAGUGUCAACUGUAAGAAGGCAGCCUGAUUCUGUGAAGCCUAAGAGGGGACAGCCUGAGGUUCCUGUUGAAAAGAGUCAGGUUGAACGAUGGAAGGUUACAGGAGUGUUGGCAUUAUCGGAGUGUAAUCUGAAGGCCAUCCCUGAUGAAGUAUGGGAAUGUGGACCUUCUGCAAGAUUUCUUGAUCUGAAUAGUAACUCCAUAAAAGAAGUUCCUGCCAGAAUUAGUCAUUUAAGUUCUCUUCAGAAACUGCUUCUUAAUGCAAAUGGCAUUGAGGACAAAUAUUUAAGCUGGGAAGGGAUAGAGUCUUUGAAGUCUUUGGUAGUUCUUUCUAUGAAUGAGAACAGGUUAACAAUCUUACCUUCCAACUUGGGCGCAUUGACAAGCUUGAAGCAGCUUCAUAUUGCCAAUAACAAGUUGACUUCUCUCCCAGUCGAGAUUGGUUUUUUAACACAACUUGAGGUUUUGAAGGCCAACAAUAACAGGUUAAGCACUAUUCCGACUAACAUAUGUGGGUGUUCUUCUCUUGUUGAAGUUGAUAUUUCAUCUAAUCUUCUGACUGAGUUACCUGAUACCCUUGGCAAGCUGAAGAAUUUGAAGGGAUUGCAUCUCAGAAACAACGGGCUCAAAUCUCUUCCCACUACUAUAUUCAGACUUUGUAAUCAACUCUGCACAUUGGAUCUCCAUGGUACUGAAAUAACGAUUGAUUAUCUCCGUCAACUAGACGGUUGGAAUGAAUUUGAUGAGAGACGGAUGUUAAAGCAUCAAAAGCAGCUGGAUUUCAGAGUGAGUAGUUCAGGCAAAUUUGAUGAAGGUGCUGAUAAAAACUGAAGAGUUAUAUAUACUCAAUGGCUGAAAGUCGCUACUACCGCAUUGAAAUUAAAACAUACGUAGUAUGUGAUUGUUCUUCCUUUGAAACAAUUUUCAAAAAUUCAUUGAAGCUUAUGAGGUUUGCAGAGCUACAAUGGCGCUCACAGAACUAUGUUACUAAGCAGGCGAUUUAUUAAAAUUUGGCUGGAGUAGUUUAAUGGGUUGUAAUUAAUAUUUGAAGUAGUGUAUAUUUUAUUAAUAGAAUUUAGAAAAGAUUACAUG